GGCCGCUCCGCAGCUCCGUGGAUCAGAGCGAGCACAUUGUUUAACGGGGCUCAUGAUUCCUGGGAGCGGUGAAUGAUUUGCCGCAUAUUAUUAACUAGUGGGAAUUAAACACUCCAAUUUAGAGAAAAGGGAUCCGGCUUCCUGAAGACGGGCAGGACUGGAGCUCAGGGACGUUUUGUUUCCUUUCUGAGAGGCAUUGAACGGAAUUGAAGUAUUUUUUUUCCCUUCCUCUCCGGCAGAGAGAAACGCCGUUCCCGUCGCUAAUUAGACCUCUGCUCGUUUGGUGUGUUGUGAGCAGCAGCGACAGAAAUGACGGAGUACAAGCUGGUGGUAGUGGGCGCUGGAGGUGUGGGCAAGAGCGCACUAACCAUCCAGCUCAUCCAGAACCACUUUGUGGAUGAAUAUGACCCAACUAUAGAGGAUUCAUACCGGAAACAAGUGGUGAUUGAUGGGGAGACUUGCCUGCUGGAUAUCCUGGACACUGCAGGUCAGGAGGAGUACAGCGCCAUGAGGGAUCAGUACAUGAGAACAGGGGAGGGCUUCCUCUGCGUCUUUGCCAUCAACAACACCAAGUCCUUUGAGGACAUUCACCAGUACAGAGAGCAGAUUAAACGAGUAAAGGAUUCCGAUGACGUACCCAUGGUGCUUGUGGGAAAUAAGUGUGACUUACCAACACGUUCGGUGGACACAAAGCAAGCCCAGGACCUCGCUCGCUCCUACGGAAUUCCUUACAUUGAAACCUCUGCCAAAACGCGACAGGGAGUGGAGGAUGCUUUCUACACGCUGGUGCGGGAGAUAAGACAGCAUAAGCUGAGGAAGCUGAACCCACCUGAUGAGAGUGGUCAAGACUGUAUGAGCUGUCGAUGUGUGGUGUCUUGAUACAGCUCUCUGUGACAUGUUGAGGAGAAAUGCUACAGCACGAAGUGGCAGCAUGGACUCGAAGACAGACAGAUAAAACAACUCAAAGAUGAAAUAUGAACUUUAUCAUAAAGAGGAUUAUUGAAGCAAAAGCUCUAAAGUUACGUGCCAGGGCUGACUGAACCAUAGACUCUUAUGGAAAAAGGCAGAUUUGGACUGUUGCCUAAGUCGCUAGCUGAACUAGCCUGGUCCGGUCCCCUCUUUUUCUUUGGUCCACAUCGACCUGCAAGCAACAUCACUAAUGACUCCUUCAGGCUGGGUUGCUCUUCAUUUCUCCUGCUAACUUAUUGUUUUCAGUCUCAACACUGGUUGUAAAGGGGGUGUCUCUUUCCCCCUCGUGCCUCGAAGCCUAAUUUCACCCCCUUAGUCCUAACAGCUGGAAGGACUGACCGGUUUGAAUGGAAACAACUGGAAUGGACAUUUAGUUUUUUAAUUAAUCCAACCUCCCCCUUCACUAAACCUGUGAUGGGUUUGCUUGAUUUGCUCAGUAGUCCUGUCAGUGUCCUGGAUACAGGGGGUGGAGGCAGACAUGGGAAAGACUGUACAUGUGUUGUUUUUUUAAAUUGUUGAUUAACAAUUAGCCUGAACUGUUAAAAAAUGUUGGACUUGGUUUUUCAUUUUCUCCUUUUGCGUGUGUCUGUGUGUGUGUGUGAGAGAGAGAGAGAGGUAGAGAGACUGUGUGUGAGAGAUGAGGAGAUUUGAAACCUGAGCACUGUAAGUGAACGAAGGUGGCACCUGGUUUAACAUUUUUAUUUACCUUUUUUGUGGUAGUUAAGUCUCUUGGAAUUUAUGUCUGAAAAAAAAGAGUACAAAGAUGGAUUUCCAGGAUGCGACUGCCUUUUACUUUUUACAGUUAUAUCAUUUUGAGAUGUCUUUGCAAGAUAAUUGUAAUGGCUAGUGUACGUAGGUUCAGGUGCAAUAGUAGUACUCUGCUCUCCGAGCUACACAAUGUGUUGGAAAUAAACCAUCUUUCAUGAUUACUUAUUUUUCUUUUUUUUACUUUGGUUGAAGAAGGAAAGGUACAGUGCAUGAACAUGUAGCUAUGGUCUUUGUUGUUAUUAAAACCGUAAAGACCGAUUGCUGUUCUACACAAAAAAAAAAAAAAGUUUUUUUUUUAUGCAUUUCUUUUCCGUAACUGUACGGUUCAGAACCGUGUUUACUACAUGGUGAUGAGAUUUUUUUGGACUGCAAGAAUUACUCCUUUGGAACAAUAAGACUCAGGAAUCGGGGUCCAGGAAUGUGUCAUCUAACAGUCCUGGAAACCGGGGUAAGGGAUGCCACGAGUUGGGUUUUGCGGAGAGUAACGCACAAGUCCUGCCUCAGAGGUGAACUUCAGUUUUUUCCACACGUACCGUACUAUCCUCACACUUCGUCUCUUUUUCCCUGCCACUUACAGCUUUUUAAUGAAACAAUAAUAAGUCAGGUGCUAAUCUUAUGGACACCAUAUUUACUGUAUAUGUGGAACUAUUGUAUGGAACAGGUUAUCGAUUUGUGAGUUAUGGGAGUUCAUUGCUUGAUUUCUUAAUACUAAAAGGCUUGUGCUCCUCAUAAUGCUAUUAUUUGUUGCCUAAAUAAAAUGAUCUGUGUUUACUUUGCCUUAUCUUUUAGCUAGUCUGUACCUAAUGUUUGCAGCAAGCUCUACCAACCAGAUUAUGCUUGCUCUUUUGUUUGUUUGUUUAUAUGCACAACAAAAAUAUACUAGUGUAUUGCGCUGUACAGAAUUUGAAAAGAAAUUGACUGAAAACACUACACUGAUUUUUUUCUUUUUUUUUUUUGUCUUGCUCUGUAUUCGUGUCUGAUUGAAUAGAGUUUAGUUUAAUAUUGCUGGUAAAAAAAAACAACCCAUAUAUAUAUAUAUAUAUAUAUAUAUAUAUAUAUAUUGAAAUGUGGCCAUUAAUAAAAUAUGUAGUCAGAAUCAAAUAGAUGAACCAUGCAAGAGAAAUUAUUGAAAAUAAUUGAAUUUAUUACAAAUUGCAGUUAUUGUACUUACAAAUGAUACUCGCAAAAAAGGCGGACCUCAGAGAUCUUAUAGGUUCCAGUGAAAGACAUCAAUUGUUUUUUUUUUUUUCUCUCCUUCAACGUUUCAUGUCCGACCUGAUUGAUUUUGUACAGUUGCAGUGACUGGCUUACAGAAAUUUGACCAGUGUAGUUGACGUGUGAAUGACGGUGCUCCGCCUGUCCAUCAGUUGUCUGUUUAUUUCUCAUCUUCGAGGAAGGACACAAACUGUGAAUGUCUUUUAGUCUUCAGAUAUUGUUUGAAAGACAGCUUGUGUUUAACUUAUUGUGAUGUUGCAGGGGAUGAUCCUUGGCCCUACUGUUGACCGUGUUCCAACAUUUUAUCUUUUUAACCUUUGUGCUCAAACAUUAUUAUGGGGGAAACUGGAGUUUGUAAUAUAUAAUUACAGUCCUGAUGGUAUGCUUUUUGUGUGUGUCUCUCUCUCUCUCUCUCUCUUUGUCUUUUAACAAUACACCAAUGAUAAUAUCCACAAAAUCUGGGCAUCCAAACUAUCACUGCAUUAGAAAGGCAGCAGCAUGUCAUCGCAGUCCAUGUCCAGAAGUCCACCAGUAUGCAUACACACGUGCCGAGUAUGGCUGAAGACUGUAAGGACCAUGUGGGGGAUGUUUUACACAAGAUUGUCUGGGCUCAAGGGCUUGUUUCUCACCUUGCAAAUUGUGGCGUUGAGAUAUGGAAGAAUUUUGUGAAAUUGUCAGCUGUUUAGCUAAUUAAGAUGUAUUUACCCUUUGAAAAUGUGGCAAAUGUAAUGCGGGACGGGAAUAAAGAUGUCAAGAUGAAGAAGUUGCUAAACCUUUUUU